GAGAUGCGCGAGAGGAAGAUGGUGGAGUGGAGUGGAAUUGCAGACCGAGCGGAGGGAGACGGGGACGCGGUGUGCGAACGAGAGGCGGUGGCUGCGUGGCUGCCUGGCUGCUGAGAGUGCAGGCGAGCGAGAAGGUGGUGGCGGCAUGUGCACAACUUGCUCCCUUCGCUCCUGCCUUUGGCUGUCGGAGACGUAUGAAUAAGGACAACAACAAAAGGCGGAAACAAAGAAAGAACGCAAAAACGCGAGCAAGAAGAAGUUAAGGACAGCAACGGAAGGCAGCGAGCGAGCAAGCGAGGGAAGGAGCGAGAGGAGGAGCGUGAGAUCGAGAGUUGUUCUUCCUCGUUUGCUGGUCUUGUCGAAGAAGAGCUGCUCUGUUCAUGUCAGCACGGCUCCGCAAGCCCGAGUUCCUGCACUUGUGCCGGGAAGGCCAGCAUAAUUGGGAGCCGGACGCAAUCCUCGCUCGCUUCGCGAAUUCUUUCGGGUUACAGAUCAGGAAAUUUCGAUCAGGGAGUUACCUACUCAUUUCGUCAACCGAAGCAGUUUCCUCAUGCACUGUACUUCAAGCGGUUCAAAUUUGCCCAGUUCAGUACUUCUUCUUCCCGAAGAAGGUUGAGGACAGCGCUGUUUGCGUGGAGCUGCGCACCUCUGAACGUGUGGGUCGCAGGCAGAGCUCCGAAGACGUUGCGCAGGAGCGCUUCCGAAUGUUGAAUGACUGCUUCUGGGUGGACUUCCGAUCUUGAAAAAGGAAACUGUACCGAGCACAAUGCCACUUCUCAAGCGGAAACCAUACGUUCUAAAAUCUCCUCCCCGCGAUCUACGGUCAGACGAGCAUGUCUUUCAAGUUCGUUUCACCAAGGAGAUUUUCAGAGACUAUGAGGAGUACUUAAGUCAUGUGAAUCUGUAUCGAAGGCGUUUAUGGACGUGCAAAGUGACGGGGAAGCAAAAUCUUACAUACGAAGAAGCACUUGUUUCAGAGCGGAGAGCUACUGAGAGGGUUCAGCAGUUCCCGAAGGAAUUUAUGGGCCCAGUGUUGUCCAUGGUCCAAUUUAGCCCUAUGCGGAUCGAUGAGCUUGUAGAUAGAAUAUACAAAGAAUUUAAGGACCGUUUUGUUGUUAAUGAGGAGGCUUUGGGAAAGUCUGGAGACUCUUUCUGCCCGUGCAAGAUCGUAAAAGUAUUGGCUCAGCAUAGUAAGGAAGAUUACCGGUAUGAUGUGGCUUGGUUGGACGAAGAUGGAAAGAAGUUCAACACAUCUACAGAGCCUGCAGUGAGGUUGACACGAAAGAAACAACCAUUUACUCGAGCACUUUUGAAGGCAUUUAUCCGGGAAGCAGCCUCGUCUGGACCGUCAAGGAACUCAAUAUGGCUUGUGAAGAAUAAGCUCGCACGGAAAUACAAGAUUCCAGUAGAACCCCCAGAGCGAAUAGAUUCAGGAGAGCAGAAGGAACCUGUUAACAAUGGGAGACAAAAACCUGUCGAAAUCGAGGUGGUUGAAAACGGAGGACACAACACCAGGAAACGACGGAAAUCGGAAGAUAACGCAGGACGUCAAGAAAAGAAGAUUGUGAAGAGAGGAACUUCGUUGGAUGUCAAAGAAGCCCGCAAAGAGGGUAAAGGUGCCAAAAAAGGUACAAGCACAGAGACUGGCAAAGAAAGGAAGGCUGUGAAGAAGGGUUCUACCACAAAAAUGGGUUCCACGACUGAGAGCAGCUCCUCUGGCAAAGAGAAGACGACAGCUGGGAAGAAAGUGGUCGCUCCACCCCCACCUCCGCCGCCCCCACCUCCACCACCUAUUAAGUAUCCGAUAGAAGACACUUUGGUGAAACCAAGCCUCGAUGACCCCGUCUUCGAAGACAGGCCUAUCGCGUCGACAGAUUUCUUACUCCCUGUGGAGUGUCUCGGCAAUCUUUUGAUGGUGUGGGAUUUUUGUGCCUCCUUCAGCAAGGCCCUUCACUUGUCUCCGUUCUCUCUUGAAGAACUAGAAAAGUCUUUGGAUUAUCGGGAAGGGAAUGCUCCGUUGAUACUUGAGACGCUCUUUGCGUUAGUGCGCACCAACUUGAGUGACCCGGUGCUACGGGAGGAGUUCGUCAAAAAACGGAAGCGGAAAAGUGAAGUUUCUGUCAACACCUUGAAGGAUGAUGUGAGCGACUUAUUAGAGUUGAUCAACAAAGAUAAGAUGGCGAAGUAUUUGCCAUCUAUUCGCCUCGGCAACUACAAGCAGAUCGAAGCAUCCGAGAAAUUGGAGAUUUUGCAGGAACUAAUAGAUAAAAGCUUAGGUUCUGGUAUCAUCAGGGCUCAACUAGAGGAAAACAUCGAGGAGCAUCAGUUACUUGCUGCAAAGAAGCGAGGGGAAGAUGUCGAAGGGUCAAAGAGGAAAAAGCAAGCAAAACUGACCUUGAAUGGAGCGGCCGAUGGAGGUGGUGAAGCCAACGGAAAUUCAAAAGACGGUGAGAACAUGGACGUGGAUGAAGACGGCAACUCAGGUGAUGAGAAAGACGCAAUUAAGACUGAGGAAAAUGGACAGGCCGUGGGCUGGAAAACCAAAGGAAAAAGGAAGCUUGGAGGAAAUCACAGUCCUGUCAGUGGGAAUGGUGAAGUAAAGAAGGAAGAAGAGCAAGAGACUAAGUUAUCGGGCAAAUCGCGCCAAGCAAUUUUGAAAGCCAAGGAGAGCAUGAGGCUGGUUGAGGAUCAGGACAAAGAGAGAAAAAAAACUGAAGACAGCAAGAAGGCACAGGACAAGAAGAAAGUGCAAACAGAUGCAAGUUCAGACCGCAAGUUGCAAGAUCAACUGCUCGCCGAAAGUCAAAAGAGGCAAGAGCAACUUGAUCGGGAACUGGAGAAGCGUUCAAUCAGAACCACUCCUCUGGGAAAGGACCGCAAUCACAAUGUCUACUGGUUUUUCCAUCGAGAAGGACGUUUGUUUGUGGAGGACAAGAAUUCCAGGAAUUGGGGUUACUAUAGUGCUAAAGAGGAGCUCGAUGCGCUCUUGGGGUCGCUGAAUCCAAAGGGUGUGAGGGAGCGACUUUUGCAGAAACAAAUGGAAAAGCAUUAUCAAAAGAUAAGUAACGCUUUAACGAGAAGAUCCAAAGAGAUAGCACAAAAGAUUGCAGUAGAGGAUGUUGCUGUGCGUCGGUCAGUUCGCGUCCGCACAGCUCCACGGGUAACUGGGUUCUUAGCCUAUGUGAAUAAAUUGAGACAGACUUGAUGAGCUUUAUAUUUGCUAGCUCACUUCGGGAUUCCUUGAACUGGAUAUGUAUCCAGUUUCUACUUGUUGCCGUUUUUGGCACUCUUCCACAUUCUUGAACAGAUGCAAUGAGUCAUCAGAAAGGUAGGUAGAAAUUACAAACCAACUUUACAGUAGAGAAAUGAGCCUUAGUCCAUUAACCUUUUCGACACAAGGCUCUCGAUUUUUGUCACCUGAGGAAAAGAUGAAAAUUUUAAUAAAAUUAUUUCAUUGACUUC